AUGAUCGCUAGACGCCGCCGAACCAGGUCGAGCGGUGAAGAAAACGAUCUUACUCGAGUGGAAUUUUCAAGCGAAAUCAGCUUCGACACAGCAGCAGCGGACAUGACGACAUGUAGAGACAGAACAUCGGAGUUUAUCUCCGCCGUAAAAUCACUCCAAUCGAGACAGGUGGGUUGAAAAUAAGCCUUAAUAGUGAAGCAUAAUUUUUAGGAAGAAAAUGCCGGUGUAUGCCGGAGUUGUACAAUUAUGUUGCUAAAACUUAAACCACUGAUAUAUCGUUCGUCCUUUUCCGUAACUAAAUUUCUGCUCAACAUGGAGACCCUUUAGAGCCAGGCUGAGACGUUUCGUUAAUCACGGUUCGUGAAGUGAAUGUGCAGCGUCUCAUGUGCAUUUUUGUUUUGGAAAAUAUAGUUCCACGCCGCCAUAACUGCCCCGUGAAAAUUUUGCGGUGUUCAAUCAUUCUCCCUACAUCUCUGAAAAUUCCAGUAGAGCUUUAUAUAAUAUCAUAGUCACGGAUGCAGUCAAAUGUGUCUUCAGUAUUGGUUGUAUGACCUGAGUUGUUGAUAAUAAUAAAGUAUAUGAUAAUGGUUUGGUAUCCUGGAGACCCAUUGUCCCCCAAUAACUGCCAUCACUUAUUAAUUGUUCUUCAAUGUGAGGAAUUUUUUGUGGGGUUAAGUUCCUAUGGGGAGCAAAGUUGGUUCUAGCAUGUAAAUUUACAAUAUUCACAUUCCCAAAUUUUCUUUCCCAUAAAUUGUCAUAAAAUUUGGUAUUGUUUUCAGUUUCCCUCAGGACCAAUAGUCGUCCCUUAAGAAUAAAAAGCAAAACUUAUACAAAAUUUUGUGAAGAAAAAAAAUCAAUAUACUUGUAUUUAUGGGAAUGCGAAUGUCCCAGGUUCAGCCACCUCUCGUCAUCCCUCUAACUCUAAUGGAUGUCUUGUGAGAAAAUGACUGCUUUAUGGCCCCCAUUAUUCUAUCCUUAUGACAAAGUUCUGUCCAGAAUCCAUUCCGAAGUUCUGAUUGGUUUACAUACAUCCAGGAUACAUAUAAUUUACACAAACCACCUGGUCGCAAAUCUGUUGCUUAAAAAUAAAACUGCUGUAUAAAAUUUGAUGUGAUGGGUGAGCAACCUACUCUUAAGUUUGUCCAAACAAGCUUAACAGACUAAGCGAAUGGAAAAAUUGCAUCGCCUCAUAUCACAGCACCUGUUUUCUGAAGCCUCCCAAACAGAAUGGCUCGAGCCAUUUUAUUUUCCAACCGGAAUUUCUGGUUUUUCCAUGUAAAAUUAAUGGUAAGUACCCAUAGUUAAUGACAGCUAUUGUCUAUGAGUCUAAAUGGUCUAAAAAAUGUAUCUCCUAGCACUGGAUCUACCAAGAAACUUCCUUGAAGAUCCUGGUAUACAAGAAGCAUCAGAGUUCUGUUGGUGCCAAAAUUAAUUUGAAAAAGAACUCAAAUUAAGGAGAAGCAGAAUCUAAAAGACUUGCAUAUGGAACCCCCCCCUGACUAUUCAUAGUUAUGUACAUACUGUAUUUACUUACAUGUAACAUUGCUUUUCAGGGAAAUAACUUUACUGGUGGAAGAUUGGAUCAUCAAAGACCAAAUGGACUUCAAAAAAGCCAGUUUUUUGUCAUUGCCAAGUAAGAAAGUAUUGAAUGUCUCUUUUUAUAAACUUAUAAUACAAAUUCUACUGUUAAUUAGGCUGAGUUCUUCAUAUGAUACGAAAGCUGAAUUCAAUAAUUGUUUUAUUAUUCAGUCAAAAUAAUUCCUAGUUUAAAAACAUGGCUGAAACAUGCUUACCUCCAUCGAUCCAUUGAUGUUAGGUUCAUCUUCGAUAGUGCACGUUUAGGUUUGUCCAGCUCAGCAAAUCAUUCUCCAAAUAGCAGAUGUCGCCCUUCGAGUUGUCUUCUUGCUGUUCUUGCCAUGUUUUUAGUUAUUUUUUUCGCCUAGUUCUUACUCUUGAAACGAGUGAAAAUUAAUGUCUACCAUUUGUCAAGUUUACAACCAAAACAACUCAACCUCGUCCCCAGGUCUUCUCGGUUAACGGUGCCUUAACCUGCGCGAACGCUGCACAAAAUUCUUUCAAAUUUGGUCAUCAGAAACUGGUUAUGGUGAAUUAUGCGUGUGCUUUUAGGCAAUCAGAAUCGGGAAAAUAUUUUGAGUGAAUAAUAAGAGUGCUUAACACAUCGUGUAUGGUGGUUCAUGUACAUUUAAAUUACUGAAAAUGAAUGCCAGGUUCAAUUGAUGAUUUCAAAAAUGCUUGAAUUUCUGCUAAGCUAUCUUUAUCUUUAUCUUUUUUUCUAUCAAUUAUUAAUAAAAUCUAAUAAAUUAAUAAAAUAAAUAUUUAUUCAAUUAAACAGUCUGAGAAAUUGAAUAAGAUAAAUUGAUAAGAUUUAUUCAAACACAACAAGUUAAAAUCAAACAGCUUUUCUUUUGGUUCUAUUUUUCAUAUUUUCAAUAAAAGUAUACAAUGUAGCCGGGAAAAUGCUGGCUCUUAAUGACAACCCUGAUUAUGCCAGUGGGUUGAUAUCAUUUUGCUGCACAAACAUGUAACCUAUACUUUGCAGUUAAUUUUAAACAAUGGCAUGAGAUAAUAAAUUUUGAUACAAAAUAAUUGUUGUACUGUACUUUUCUCAUUUUGCUCUUCAGACACAUUGGCAAGGACAUCAGUAACACAUUUGCAAAACUGGAAAAGCUUGCUAUCUGUAAGUUUGUUCAUAGCUUUAGUCUUAAUGAUUGUAUGUUUGAAAAAUAGAAAAUAAUUUUCCGUGGCAAAUGAUGUUUCCACAGAAAUGAUAUCAAAAUGUUCAAAACUUGGUUUCAUUGCGAAGUUUUGAUUAGAUGUUGAUGUCAUUUUUAUGGUCUACAAUAGUACAAAGUAUACCAUGGAAAAGGUUUUUUUUUUGCAAUAACAUUGAAAGUUUUAAAUGUUUUAAUGUAUUCCUGGUAAAGUUUCUUGGAAAACCUUGUGCUAGAGACAGAUAAAAAUGAAAUUGAUUGCACCAUCAUAAAAUCAGUUCCAUGUUCUGUACUGUCAUUGACUACAGCUCAAAUGACAAAUCAGUGCACUGUCAAGAAAUAACUCAGAUGCAGCAUUUUAACGAUCUCAACUCAGUCUCAUAACAAAUUCUCUGGUAAGUUUUACCCACACAAUAAUAGUAGAGGUUGAGUUCUGCAAAAAAAAUGUAAAAAUGAUUGGAAAAUACCGUGUAACUGAGUGUUGCUGCAUUUGUUAUUUACAGACAUACUGCAUUUGGGAUGUGUAUCCUUAUUGUAGUUCACUAUAAUGAACAAUAUUUAUACAGUGUAUUAGUAAAAUCCAACUAGUGGUCUAUUAUCAAUGCUGCAUCCUGAUUGGUUUAGCUAUUACUAGGCUAUACUGUAUGUUAUAGCCCACUGGUAGCGAAAAGCGCUGGCUUUUUGGCAGCAAAAGAAGGAUUAAAAUCUAGCUUUAACUAGCUUAAGUUGUUUUGACUUGAUAUUUUUGACCAACUUGUUGGAUUUUAUCAAAACAAUUAUUCCUCUCGCCCUCAUGACUUCUGAGUCAGUAAGGCCUCAUGGGCUAUUGACUCUCGAGGAAUAAUUGUUAAAUAUAAUGAUACAGCAAAAAGGAUCAAAAUGUUCGGAUGACUACAAUCAAACAAAGAAGUAUAGAAGAUUUAAAAUGUUGAAAAAAUUUUCCUAUCUUUAUAAAUAGAAUGAUCAUAAAAGGUCGUACUUAAAAACUAAUCUAUUUACAGUGUACAGACGUAUUCUUAAAAUGUUUGGUGUUUAUUUUGGGCCUACAUGACAGCCUUUGCGUCUUAGGUCAUAGGUUAAAUCGAUCUUCUCUUGUGGAAAGCAGACCUCCAGCGGGUGGUUAUCACACUGUUUAACUUUCUUUAAAAUCACUUUAUCCUAUUUUUGCAUAAACAUCUAAUGUUCAAUGGAGCAAAUAUAAAAUGUAACUUAUGGCAUCAAAGUUGGUGGAAAACAUUGUUUAUUUUUUUUCUUUUUAAUCAUUCAGUGGCCAAGAAAAAAUCCUUGUUUGAUGACAGACCAAUGGAAAUCCAAGAGCUGACUUAUAUAAUAAAGCAGGUACAGACCAGUACAUAGUUGUUUUUUAAAUUAUAAUGAUUAUUACAGCUGUGCUGUGUUUAGUUGCAUACAGUCAACAUCAACAGUCAUUUUCAGCAGUGACUUAAGUACUCCUGCAUCAACUCUUCAACUGUUUGUCUAUUUUUUUUUCAGUUAAUUUUUAUGUUAACAGUUUCCAUAGAAACUAUAAACAAUUUUUUUUUUCACUGCAAGAAAUCACGCUCUAAUUUCUUUGACAAAACAGUUCAUGUUGUUUCAUGCUUACAUGUUAGUGCACAACAGACGUAACAAAAACUGUAUACAUGUGUUCUCUUUAGCGAGCUAUUUUUUGCUUUAAUUACUAGGUGUAUGUGACUCCUGUAUGAGCAUCAAGAUACAGCUGUACAUGUUCACGUGUGUGGAGUUUACACAUACUGUACAUUGUACAGUGUACCCAAAAGAACUCCUGAAGACAGUCACUUCACUCUUCACUGUACAUGUAGAUUGGAACCAAUACACAUUCAACAAAAGUUGAUUUUUUUACCAGCCAACUUCCUUUUUUAAUCCUAGUGAAAGGAUGCUUGAGUCAUUGAUAUUGGUAGUCAAGAAAUAAAAUUUAUUAUAAUUAAGCUAUGGAGUGAAUUUUGUCCAUGAUUAUGAAAAGUUUUGUUUUCUUUGAUUCAACAUGUGUUCUGCAGUUGCCAUUUUGAAUUUUGACCUAAUAUCUGGCCAUUGUUCUCCUAGAGAUGCUUAACAUACCUAAUUUAAUGCAUAACUUAGUGAUUCCCUCAUGUAAUCAAUCUGCUGUACAUAUUUGUACACUUGCCAAUAUCUUCAAGAUUAUAAAUAUAAACUCAACUUUUAGCAGAGUUGGGGCUUAGAGAAAUAUGUAGAGAUGAAACCAAAAAAAGCUCUCAUUGGGGGAGAAUAUAUAUUUGUUUGUUUUGUUUUUUUCCCCGAAGCUAUAACAAUAUGCUAUGCAACAGAAAACAUUAUUAUUCUUUGUUUAUGUUUUAGGAUAUCAAUAGCCUCAAUCAGCAAAUAGCCCAAUUACAAGAGGUUGGUUAUUAGACUGAUCUAUUUUUUUUCCUUAGUAAUACAAUACAAGUUUGUUACUUUGGUUUGAAUUCAAAUGCUCACCUGUCAGGAAGUUAUCAUAAAUUUGCUCGUUGUUUUUAAAUGGACAAAUUUUUGUACAACGUAAGUGUUUUCUUGCACAAGGCAACUUGUUGAACGGUAUAUUAAUUUUGUUAAUGUGUUCGUGUGAAUUUAUUAUUAUUAUUUUUUUAUUUAUAAUUAUUUUUUGCAUUCAUUAUUUACAUUUCGUCUCUAUUUCAGCUUGUGAGAUCCAAAGCCAGCUCACAAGGGAAACAUUUACAGACACACUCCAGUACAGUGGUGCUCUCCCUACAGGUUCAGUCUUUACAAUGCAGGGUUUUCAAUAAGAGCGGGCAGCCGGCAAAAUUCGCCAGCUAUUUCAUGUCAACUCUCCACCUAUUAUUCUUUGGAAAUUACCCCCCCCCCAAAAGCCAGAAUUUAAUGUUGUCUUUGUUCUGUUCAAACACUCUCCAAGUUUUGCUCCGCAAUGCUGUAAAUGCACUCUUAAAGGCCCAGAUUUCAACAUUUUUUCACCCCCUAGCAUCUCGUGCCUUUGGCACUCGCAAGGUGUGAGUUUAUUUCCCUUUCUGCCUACUCCAAAGCUUUUGCCACCUACUUAAAACCUUAUUGAAAACCGCGCAAUGAAUUACUUUUACACAGGGUUUACAGAAAAACCAAUUGGGGGUAUUCAAUUUACAGAAGCUCAGUGUACUGUAAGAUUUUUUUAAAAUUCAUGUGCAUUAAAAGCUGAUCUGAGGACAACAUUUUUAUACAUGACUCAAAGCAAUCUCCCAAUCUCAAAGCAUUAUACCUUUACAGUACUAUUGUUACAUUUUAUGAGCAAAAUUUUGACUUGUUCAUUGUUAUUUUUCAUUGUAGUCAAAACUGGCGAGGAUGUCAAAAGAUUUUAAAGGUGUCCUUGAAGUAAGGACUGAGGUGAGAGCCAAGAAUUUACACUGUAAAUGUACAGUCAUAUGACAUUCUAUCAAUUUUUAAUGUGAUUUAUUUUAAUUGUUUAUUAUUUAAGCAAUACAAAACGUUUCCCAUGUUUGCAUAGCCUGAUGUGAACAUGAGAGGGGUUGGGAGAAGUUAAUUGAGACAGCUCGACUUUGGGUUUGCAUAACUGUCGAGAAUUCUCCUUUGGGCAACCCCUUGGGUGUUAAUAUCAGACUAUGCAAAUACAAGAAAAAAUGUUUUCUAUUGCUUUUAUAAAUCAACUUUACCAAUAAAAAAUGCAAAUCUCUUUGUUAAGGCACUGAUUGAAAGAGAAAUUCUUACCAGUCGUGACGUCUUGUACACAAAGUCUUGCAUGCGUAAUCAGUUCUUGUUUCGCAAAAAAUAUGGUUGAUUCCAAAUAAGGAUUUUUUAAAAUGUCAGCUUAAGGGAAAAAAAAUGACACAGCCUGUUUGUAAAGAUAUUCCAAGUUGCAUCCGACAAGGAAAUUGGUAAAUAAAGUAAACUUGUCAAGUUUUCAACUCAAAAAACUUUUUCAAAUUUGUGCUUACAUGAUUAGUGCACGAAAAGUAAAAGGUCUUGACGUCACAACCACGUUUGUAUACUCUAAUGCAAACAUGCCUCUUGGCCAAUUAGAGCCCACGUACAAUCUUAGUUAUUUUUUAAUACAGGUUAUUUAUUAUUAUUAUUUUGUGCAGGAAGAGGAUUGAAGAGGGUGUUUGUUUAGUGUGCAUUAUUGAAAUUGAAAGGGUGCCUGGGAUAUACAGUGUACUGUAUGUUACAGCUCAAAAUUAAAUUCAGGGUGAAAUUUGUUUACCUAGGUUGAUUCUCAAUUUCCUUUGUCUCCAAGCCCUAAUCCACGAAUAAUUAAGGCUGGAAGGUGAAGAAAAUAUUAUUGAGAAUCAACCUAGGUUAAGAAAUUUUAAGCUCAAUUUAAUUUUGACUUGUAACACAUAGCCCUAAUGUAUUAUAAGCAACUUGUAAUGCACAAAUACAUUUUUCUUUCCAUACUGGUGAAUCAAUGGGAGGAUAAUUUUACAAGGAUUCAGCCAGGUCCUUAUUCUGCGUAGCCCUUUAGUUAAGUUUGGUUGAGUUACUAUUCAAAUUCCUUGGCAGUAUCCCACUUUUCAUUGCUAGCAGACAUCAUAUAUUUUAAAGCCUUGCCCUUUGUCACGUUGAGCCGCAGCAAUUUCCCUGUAAGGCUGUGCUCUGUUAAUUUGUAGCUAGGGAUAAAGCUGUGGAUGAUCAGGUUAUCUUUUGUGCGUACAUGUAAGAGGUAAACAGCUAUGUCUUGCCUAACCUGCGUAGCAAGCAUUUCUGUGCGGUUUUGGAGCGAAGAACAAGGAACGAGAGUGCUCUUGUUCCAUUUUUUGCGUGGCCAAAACCAAAAUUCUCGUUCCUCAGUCUUUCUUUGCUCCAAAACCAAACGGAAACGCUUGUUGCUCAGGCUAUGUCUUGCCAUGACUUUAGUGGUUACCUUUCAGUGAAAUCAGAAAUGCGUGAUGUCUAACUCCUCAAUUCUCAUUAGCCCAUAUGAGAUUCUGUUGUUAUAAAUGUACCUACAGUCCAUGUGCAUUUAGGUCUCUAGGAUUGCGUCCCAGAUAAGGGGAUGGGUGAGGGACAUUGACAUUAUGGAUCAAUUAUGGUGUCUGGGGAAGCUGCCCACCUACAUCAACCCCUCCCCUAAGCUAACAUUUUGCCCUAAGUGAGAAUUGAGUGUUAAUAUUAGCUUAAGGGAGGGCUAGGUAGUCAGUUACACAGAAAUCUCAAUAACGACCCGAAAGUACUGUCCGGGCAAAGGUCUUCUGGUACACAUGUAGGGGAAACUGCCCACCUACCCAUCCCCUAAACCAACAUUUUACCCUAAGUGAGAAGGAAGUGUUAAUGUUGGCUUAAGGGAGGGGUAGGUGGUCAGUUACCCAGAACCCUCAAUAAUAGGGACCUUAAGCAAAGACGUUUUAGAGCCACGCACAUCAACCGGAAGUGAGGCCUUCUCCCUUUUUAUAUGCCUUGACACUAACAAACUUGUAUUGCUGAGUUUCUUUUCUCUUUUAAAGACGAUUUACCCGAGAGUUUCAACCAAAUCAUUCCCCAGUGAUGCAAAAAGUCCACUUCCGGUUGACGUCCGUCGCUUAAAAACGCUGUUGCUUAAGCUCCCUAAUGAUUCAAAAGUACUGUGUCCAGGCAAAGGUCUUCUGAUACACGUGUAGGCACCCUCUGAAAGUUGACAGUAACCUUAACAACCUGAACUCCCUUUUUUUACUAGAACCUUAAACAGCAGAAGGAAAGAAGAGAACAGUUCUCCCAAGGUAGUGCAGUAGACGGUCUGCAGGCCACAGCAAUACAGGGAUCCAUCCUACAAAGAUCUAAUGCAGCAAGGGGAGGCAGUGAUGCAGUGGCCAUUGAUAUGGAUCACUUAGAUAGCAGACCACACAUGUCUAAUGACAUGAGUCAAAUGCAGAUAGUUGAACAACAGGUCAGUUUACACAAUGCAUUAACUCUUGAAACCUUGAUAUCAUCAAUAUUAUUUUAGUGGCCAUCGACAUGGAUCACUUACAUAGUAGGCCCCACUAUUGUCCCACGAUAUGUGCCGGGGGAAGUACGGCAGUAGAGCAAUGGGCUCUUGAAACCCUAACAUAAUCAGUAAGGGCAAACCUCUUUAAUGCAGAGGGAGCCAUAGAAAGUGUUCCCAUUGAUGGGGUGUCUGUAUUAUUAAGCGGGUUGAAUAGAAAGGAGAAGUGUGACGUCACGUUACCAUGGUAGCAAAAUUUCUGAAUCACAAUAAUAGAGAGCUUAAGCAACGAUGCUGGCGACGGCAAAGGGAACUGGAAAAAGGCAAUGGGUUUAUAUCCGCAAAACAACAACUCUGCACGUGCAUCACGCUUUUUUGCACGUUUCUUAGCCAUCGUUGCAUGACUGCGACGUGAAACGUACUAAUUUCACGCACCCGCUUCACGACAUAGCUGAACACAACGCCAGAAAAUUUCGCCAACAUUUAACGAAUUAAAUUAAAUUGAAUAAGAUCGAUGAAUUUUAAAACAGUGCGAAUUCACUUUAUAAGUGACGUUUUCGGUUGUUGUCAUCCAGAAAUUUUGCCACCAUGGCAAUGUGACGUAACGACUUCUCCUAGAGAAAAAUUAAUGUUAUGGUUUCCUUUCCCCAGGAACAGUGACGACUGUUGGUAAUAUAGUGUAUGGGGUGUCCGUACUAUUAAGCGGGAGUCCGAAAAGUGGGGUGUGGCUGUAUUUCCAAUAUUAUUCUCUAGACUGUUUUCUAUACGUUUCUUUUCUACUGAUGAAAGAAUUAAUUUUGUUGAACAAUCAAGACUUUUUUCAAGUUGGCGAUCAUUUUUUUUUUCGUCGUGACCUUUAUGUUUAAUUUAGUAGGGCUGGAUGUGUUUAUGCUUGAACCCUGAUUCCAUCUUACCAAUUAAUUAUUUUAAAUUAAAGAAUGACCACAGCAAACUACUUGUAUUUCUGCUUUAUUUGGCUAGGAUGAGUACAUUCAAUCUCGGGCAAAUGCCAUGGAAAACAUUGAGUCGACCAUUGUAGAACUGGGCAGUAUAUUCCAAGAACUUGCACACAUGGUCAAGGAGCAGGAGGAACAGAUUGAAAGGUCUGGUGCAUGAUUACAUUAACUUUGUAUUUUAACCCCCCCUCCCCUUCCAACUGAUCGUUGUUAAGGCUGGUUUCUGUUUUGACUACGAUCUUAAAUAAAAAUCCUAAAAACAGUCGAACCUCCAAUAACGGCCACCCCUCCACAACGACCACCUCGCUACAACAGCCACUUUUUUCUCCCGGCAGAUGGUCCAUAAACUUUACAUGUACAUUGACUCUUGUUUAAACCUCUCUGCAACGGCCAUGGCCACUAAAGCGAGUCCCCAGCUGCCAAAAUAACCUCUCUACAAUAGCCAGUUUUUUCAGUGACUGGUGAAAAUGUGUUUCCGAUGAAAGAAAUAUAUAACAUAUAAUAAAGAAAGAAGCUAAUGGUCUUAAACAAGGUGCAUGAAGGUUUUGCAUACAUUGUCCAAAGCUCUGCAGCGUGUGAUUUCAGGUUUAAAAGUUUUGACCAACAUUGAUUUUCAAUUAUUUCCUUUGUCUUCUGGGGCUAAGGGACAUUGUAAAUUAAGAAUCAAUCUAAAUUAAAAUUAAUCAAUUUAAAGUAAAAUUAACCUGAAAUCAUAUUUAACCUGCAACAUACGAUACCCACGAUCUGUAAGUCAAAAGAAGGUGAUAGGAGUUUGUAGGGGAGGGGGGGUCAUCUACAAUGUAGACCCUGAGAUAAGGGGGGGGAGGGGGCGGUCUCCAAAAAUUUUUUUUCUGUUUUGUCUAACUGACCCUCCUAACUGACGUCUAACCCUCCCCUGGAUCCGCCAGAGAGACCUCCGCUAGCAGGGAAGCUCUGACCACAAGCUGAAUUUGUUUCUCGGCCGUCCCAAAUUUAAUCCUCGGUCAUGCUUAUAAUUAGCCUACUGGUUGCCUUCUGCCAGGUGGGAUUUUAAUUCCUGUUCUAUUUUAAUUAUUUUGUUUCCAAUUAUUUAAGUGGAGCUCCUUAAAACUAGCUAAAGUAGCUAAGUGCACUUCCACGAUAAACAAAGUAUUUACCAUUUUGGUUUUAAUGUUUUUUUAAGGAUUGAUGCCAAUGUAGAAGCAACAGAACUUAAUGUAGAGGCAGCGCAUGGAGAACUUCUCAAAUAUUUCCAAUCAGUGACAUCCAACAGAUGGUUAAUUGUCAAAAUAUUCUGCGUUCUAAUCGUCUUCUUCAUUGUUUUCGUUGUCUUCAUGGCAUAAAUUAGCGCAAUGAUAUAAUAAAUAUGGGUCAAUUAUAAUUAUUGAUUAUAACCAUAAUUUAUAAUUAUAAUUAUUAUAAUUAUUCAUUUUCAUCAUAUUUUAAGAUGAUAUGAUAACUAUAAUUACAAUUUAUAAUUAUAAAUUAUAAUUAAUAGUUGUCAGUUAUAAUAAUUAUAAUUACUGAAAUGUAAUAUCUAAUAUGUAUAGUAUGUUUGGAUGAUGUUGUCCGUUGUCACAUCUGUCCAUUCCUGCCUAGCUCUUUGGGCUGUUGAAGCUGUGUCACGAAAUUUAUGAAAAUUCAAACUGUGGAAACUGCCACCAAAUUGAGUGAAUCAUAAAAAUAACUGAUUAAAACGUUAAAAGAAAGUGUAAAUAACACAGCAAAUACAAAAGGAAACACGGAUGCACAAACUUGAAGAAGUAUGAAACGGAUUGAAAUUGUGGUUUUUGAAAAAGUGUUUGCCUAACAGUUUUUCAGAGUUCAUAUUGUUUGCCACCCAUGACACAGCCCCUUUAACACUGAGAACUUGAAACAGUUUAGUUCCUAGGUUCUCUCCUACUCGUCCUGCGAGGAGAGAACCCUGGGAAUGAGGUUGAACUUAAAAGAGAGACAGGGAAAAGAUAUUUGUCGCAGUGAUGGUAGCUGAUAUAUAUUCAUUUUGUACAUGUGGUAUAUUUAUACUACAAAUCAUACGUGUACCUUCUAGCCUGAAGGAAACCAAUUGGUGGUUUGAAGCUUGUUGGUCGACAAGAACUAAAGCUUUUCACUGCGCGUGAAACUAAUCUCUUUAUAUGCACAUUCUGUGAAAGAGAUUUGAAUUGUUUUGUGAACCAACAUGCAUGGCUUCCUUUUCAUGUGGUUGUAAACCAAGAAUAUUUCUUGCUGCCUUUGACGAACUUACCUCAAGACUGACUGGCCAUUCAUCCUUCACGGGCAUUCAUCUUAGCAUUAUGUUCUUUUCGAUAUUUUUCUUUAGAUUUCACUCUCAACGUAUAGAAAACACAGGGGAUGUCUUAUAGAAAUCAUGGUAACAGAUAUUUGUUGCAACGAAUAGAUCUCUGAGGGUAUCUCAUUGGUUAGUUAUGUCCCUCAUUUAGAUCGACGUUUACGUCAUAUAUUACCUGUAAAAUUAUGAAAAACUCAGCAGUAAUAGGCAUCUAUUGUUAUGAUUUACUGACCUUAAGCUCCGUGAUAUAGUUUGACGACUGCUGCGUUGAAAUGAAUGAAUAAUGAGAAACGGUUUUUAGAAGGGAUGUCAAAAGAGACGUGUCCGUCGAAAUGUUAUUUUACGCUGAGAGGGAUUAAUAAAAAUAAAAUUAACCUCAUGUUGAAGUCUGCCGUGUUAACAGAAUUUCAUGGUCAUGUCCUGUGUUGCAAAUUUUCACCACUGAAGAAAAAAACUGCUGCCAUUACCCCGAACUGGAGAUUAGGAUUGCGGACUUCCUCUUGUUGCCCGCAAUGAACUUGAGCGAUCGUAAUGCGAUC